AGUAAUAGUACCAGUUAGGAGAUAAGGUGAUGUCCGAUUUAACAUUACAAUUGCUGGAUAUAAACUGCUUCCAAUCAGGGCUAAAGUUCACGAUUGGGAUGAGAUAACAAGUAUCACUGAACAUCUCAAUAUUCGUCCAGGUGUGCAAAUCGAUAUUCACGGAUACCAGGACGAAAGGAUGAAAUUCCUCCUCUGGUGCGAUGGCGACUAUUUCAUUAUUCCCUCUUCUUAUCAAGGGCGAUUCAGGGCUUGUCCCAAACAAAUCAACAGCGUCGAAGAUCUGUUGAAGCACAAUGGAGAUCGUGUGUUGGUAGUGAAAGAGGCCAAGUAUAUGUCAUAUGAUUCCGUUAACGUUGGGGAUGUCUUAGACCUGACACGAAGGAGAUUAUCUCAUCUAGAAAGAGUCGAACAAGGAAAACAUCAUCGGGAUGCGGAGGUGGAAGUACUGCUGUGUACGAAAGAAUCCCCCGGCGCUAUGUACUCAAUACCAGUCAGUCUCCCAACAUUCAUGGAAGGUGUAUUUGAACCAAUCCCCAAAGACACAACCCUAUACAGCAUAACCAAUGCCCAUGCGGUUUACAAAAGAGGCAGUCAAUUUGAACUUGUCAGACCGGAUCCACGAUUCGAGGAUAUAUUGCCACAAAAUACCAGGAUAACACUGGACUUUUGUAUCAGAGAACCCGAAAUUAUGAUAUCGUUAGCAGACGACAAAAUGGCUAUGCAUCUUCCAACAAGGACAGAUAUACAAGUUUCAUUCAUGACACAGAUUCAGCACAAAAAUGUGAAACUGGCUGAGUUGGACAGUGCACCAGAGAAGUUAUCAGCUGAACGAUACAACGAACUUGCAGCCCAAGACCACGAUUACGAAACGGUUGACUACGAAAUUGUGAAUGCAUUUCCUCGAAUGGUAGUUGAUGGCGAUAAUCAGAUUUACACAGACGGUGGUAGGUGUUGUUAAUUGGUUUAUUCAGCUUGUU